CAGCACACAAAACUUGCAUGGGGCAGUGACCACCUUGCCGUACAUUUCUGUCAUGAGGUUGUGUUUCAACGCGUUACCGACUUGCAACUUCCAACCCACCAUCCAUCCACCGUUCCUCGUUGCUCCAUGGCCCAACAAACCACCCACCCGCCGUGAAGAUGGCGAGCAAUCGAUCUUUUUACCGAGACGUGUUUGUCUGGGAUCUAUCCCAUGACAAUGAAGACCGCGUUCCGUUGGGUGGUUUAACCGCCACACCCGGCAUGACGAACACGGAUUUUCAUCAAAUGCUCGAAAUCUUACUCAUUACCUCGGGUGAUUGCAUUGUCCAGGACGGAUCUGGAACCGAAGUCCCACGAGACGACAAGCCUCUUCCCCCUGGAGAUUAUUUCAUCGUUGCUGACAAGGUUGAGGUCAACAACGAGGCUGUCUAUACUCGAGCGUGCUCUAUCUCUGGAGGCGAACGAGUAAAGUCGUUUCGAGAGCAAGUCCAAGCUCGUGAUGGCGGCUGCGUUGUUUCGAAGGAAAGAAAUCCCACAUCUGCGAUCGGGUUGUGGCGGGGAUUUGAAGCCGCACACAUCUUCCCAUUGGCAUUCGAAUCGCAAUGGGUGCAGUUGAACUAUGGCCGUUGGAUCACGAUUGAUCCGCCUCAAGGGGGCAAGAUCAACUCUGUGCAAAAUGGCAUCCUGCUUAGGACUGAUCUGCAUCAACUCUUUGAUGAUUAUGAGUUCUCUAUUAACCCUGAUAAUGGGUACAAGAUUAUCUUCUUCUUCCCUGGAAGAGAGCAUUUGGCUGGGCAACGCCUUGACAGUCGCCUGCUGAACGACCCUCGUCGCCCGCCCGACGCGCUCUUCCGCUGGCACUUCCGCCAGGCGGUCCUUACGAACAUGAGAGGGAUAGGAGAACCUCUUCAUGAGCACGAUUUCCCGCCCGGUUCAGAUAUCAUGGGACAGAUCCAGGCCGGGCCCAAGGCUGCUGAGCGGAUGGAGUUCGAGCUCUUUGACCGGCUGGCUCACCACGUGGAGAUUGUGUAGGGGCAAGGGAAGCGGGAGGGGGGAGAGGAUGGGCGAUGACAUUGCCAAUAGCGAUAGGACAUGGUUCAGAAAACACACAAAAAGCGAAGUUAAACCGCAUUCGCAAUGGUCAGUUGGUGCUUCGGGGUCCUUACUUUCUGGCAAAUUUCAGUCAUGCGCGCCAGAGAAACAAAACAGUAAACCUUGAACGAGUAAGUGAUAAAGCGUAGCGAUGAGAAAAGAAAGCCCUAGGUACGUCCGUCCGUGC